AUGUCCGCCGCGUCCCGCUGAAUGGCGCCGCUGCUGCUGCUGCCGCUGCUGCUGCUGCCGCUGCCAGGAGUGUGGUGCUUUAGUGAACUGUUUUUUGCGAAAGAGCCUCAGGACGUUACUGUCUCAAGGAAGGAUCCGGUGGUUUUAGACUGCCAAGCCCGUGGUGAAGCUCCUAUAACUAUUACAUGGCUGAAAAAUGGAGGCAAAGUAUCUGAAAAUGAACGGAUCUACACUUUAUCCAAUGGUUCGUUGUAUAUCAGUGAGGUGGAAGGAAAAAAAGGAGAGCUGUCUGAUGAAGGAUUUUACCAGUGUUUAGCUUUGAACAAAUAUGGGGCCAUUCUCAGCCAAAAAAGCCACCUCACUCUAGCAACCAUUUCUGCAUUUGAAGUCCAGCCACUUUCAACUGAGGUCCAAGAGGGUGGAGUAGCUCGAUUUGCCUGUAAAAUAACAGCAAACCCUCCUGCCACUGUGACAUGGGAAGUGAAUCGAACAACUUUACCUUUAGUCAUGGACAGGAUAACGGCUCUGCCUACAGGAGUUCUUCAGAUCUAUGGUGUGGAACAGAGGGAUGCUGGGAAUUACCGAUGUGUUGCCACAACAACAGCCAACAGACGUAAAAGCACCGAGGCAGUGCUGAGUGUUAUCCCAGCCUCUGACUUGAAGCCUUUUCACAAGCCAUCCAUAAUAGCUGGUCCUCAAAACAUUACAGCAUCUCUUCAUCAAACUGUCAUACUGGAGUGUGUAGCCACAGGGAAUCCAAAGCCAAUCAUCUCAUGGAGCCGAUUAGACCAUAAGUCCAUUGAUGUGUUCAAUACCCGUGUCCUUGGCAACGGGAACCUCAUGAUCUCUGAUGUGAAGGGGCAGCAUGCAGGUGUGUACAUCUGUCGGGCCACCAUUCCAGGCACUCGGAACUUCACGGUAGCAAUGGCAACUCUCACCGUGCUGGCUCCACCUUCAUUCGUGGAAUGGCCGGAAAGCUUAACAAGGCCUAGAGCUGGUACUGCCCGUUUUGCUUGCCAGGCAGAAGGAAAUCCUGCCCCUAAAAUUUCGUGGUUAAAGAAUGGAAGGAGAAUACACUCCAAUGGUAGAAUAAAAAUGUACAACAGUAAAUUGGUGAUUAACCAGAUCAUUCCUGAAGACGAUGCCAUUUACCAGUGCAUGGCUGAGAAUAGCCAGGGAUCUAUUCUCUCAAGGGCCAGACUCACUGUAGUUAUGUCAGAAGACAGGCCCAGUGCACCUUACAACGUCCAUGCUGAAACCAUGUCAAGCUCAGCAAUCCUGCUGGCGUGGGAGAGGCCGCUGUAUAACUCAGACAAAGUGAUUGCAUACUCGGUGCAUUACAUGAAAGCAGAAGGUUUAAAUAAUGAGGAGUACCAAGUGGUCAUUGGAAAUGAUACAACCCAUUACAUUAUUGAUGACCUGGAACCAGCCAGCAACUACACCUUCUAUAUUGUAGCUUAUAUGCCUCUGGGAGCCAGUCAGAUGUCAGAUCAUGUGACUCAGCACACCCUUGAAGAUGUUCCCUUGAGAGCACCUGAAAUCAGUUUGACGAGCAGGAGUCCUACAGAUAUUCUCAUAUCUUGGCUGCCAAUUCCUGCAAAAUACAGGAGAGGUCAGGUCGUCCUGUACCGUCUGUCCUUCCGCCUCAGCACAGAGACCAAAAUCCAAGUCCUGGAGCUGCCAGGGACUUCAGAUGAGUAUCUCCUUGAGGGCCUGAAGCCUGACAGUGUGUACUUGGUUCGUAUCACUGCUGCGACAAGGAUUGGCUGGGGAGAGGCAUCUUUGUGGACUUCGCACCGAACUCCCAAGGCUACCAGUGUGAAAGCACCAAAGUCUCCCGAGCUGCGUUUGGAGCCCAUGAACUGCACAACCAUUUCAGUGCAGUGGCAGCAGGACUCUGAGGACACUGCAGCUAUUCAGGGGUACAAGCUGUAUUACAAGGAAGAGGGGCAGCAGGAGAAUGGACCCAUUCUGUUGGAUGCCAGUGAUCUUGAAUAUAUUGUCAGUGGUUUAGAUCCUAGAAGAAAGUAUCAUGUAAGGCUGCUGGCAUACAACAGUAUGGAAGAAGGUUAUCAGGCAGACCAAACAGUCAGCACUCCUGGAUGUGUCUCUGUCCGUGACCGCAUGGUGCCACCUCCACCGCCUCCUCACCACCUCUAUGCCAAAGCAAACACUUCAUCUUCCAUCUACCUCCACUGGGGGAAACCUGCCUUUACAUCUGCACAGCUCAUCAACUACACAGUGCGCUGCAACCCCGUGGGGCUGCAGAACGCGUCCCUGGUGCUCUACCUCCAAACGUCAGAGACUCAUAUGUUAGUUCAAGGUCUUGAGCCAAAAACUAUGUAUGAAUUUGCAGUUCGGUUGCAUGUGGACCAGCUCUCCAGUCCCUGGAGUCCUGUAGUCUACCACACCACCCUCCCAGAAGCACCAUCUGGCCCUCCAGUAGGAGUGAAGGUGACUUUGAUAGAGGAUAAUACUGCUUUGGUUUCCUGGAAGCCACCUGAUGGUCCUGAAACAGUUGUUACACGAUACACUAUCCUCUAUGCAUCCAGGAAGUCUUGGAUUGCUGGGGAAUGGCAAGUGUUGCACAGAGAAGGAGCAAUGACCAUGGCUUUGCUGGAAAACCUUGUAGCAGGAAACAUCUACUUGGUUAAAAUAGCAGCCUCCAAUGAAGUGGGAGAAGGACCCUUCUCAAAUGCAGUGGAAUUUGCUGUCCUGCCGAAGGAGACAUCGGAAUCUAAUCAGAGACCCAAGCGCUUGGAUUCCGGAGAUUCCACAACUUAUUCUGACUAUUACCAUCUGGACCAGAAAUCAAUGACUGGCAUUGUUGUUGGGGUUUGCAUAGCCUUGACCUGCAUCCUUAUCUGCAUCCUGAUCUUAAUUUAUCGAAGUAAAGCCAGGAAAACAUCUGCUCCUAAGCCGGUGCAGCAAAACACUGACCAGCUGUCACAUACCAGCAUCUCAUUAGCCAGUGCUAAUGAGGUGGAGAAGAAUACUGAAGGAGUUGCAGAGAAUGAAGAAUCCUUACUGCCAAUGAUAGUGGGAAACAACUUCAUCGAUGCUAAGGGAGGAUCUGAUCUGAUUAUUAACAGCUAUGGGCCUGUGACAAAGGCUAACAGCAAGAAAAGGUGGCUGUUCUUCCAAGAUACUAAGAAGGUGAAGACUGAGGAGCCUCCGAGAAGGUUUGUGCAGGCGGUGUGUCUGUACCAGCCAGGCCCCCCCGUGCUGGUCAGUGAGGACUCCCCCAGCUCUCCGGGCCAGCAGUCCAACUUCCAGGUGCCCUUCAGUAUUGCUGCCGACACGGAGCAUUCGGCCAACAGCGAGGGAAGCCACGAGACCGGCGACUCUGGAAGGUUUUCUCAUGAAUCCAACGAUGAGAUACAUCUCUCCUCUGUGACCAGUGCCACCCCUCCCACCACCAGUCCUUUUGUGAGCAGUGACUUGGGUACGAACGUGAUGAGCCUGACCAUCAGUGACUGCACAGAGUCUCCCCUGCUGUUUGCUGCUGACCAGACUCCUACCUCACCUCCUCAGAUCCACCCUGCAGUGCAAAACUGACAUCCUGGGGCCACGCCAGACAUUCUGACAGUGUAUGUCUGUUCGAAGGACAAUGAACAGGGAGCCAAAGUUUUAUUGUGGAAAGCCUGACUAACCUAGCAGGUGAUCCAUAUUUCUGUUGAAUGUUUGUUUUUUUUUUUUUUUUUCUUGCUUAAUUUUGAUUUGGUUUUUUUUUUAAACUCACUCAUUUUGAAUGUUCAGUGGUCAAAAAAUGUGAAAGGAGUGAAGAUUUCUGACUAAAGUUAAAAAUAUGUCACUGGAGCAAAGGGAAGGCUGUUGGCCCUUUUGCUGACUAUCUACCUCAGUUUGCCGAGAGGUGAACUCUGAAUGACGACUGCUUUACCUCAUUUGUGUUCUAGUUGGUCUCAGCUAUGGAACUGAUGAUUCUUCCUAGUAGUGUUGUUUUAUUUUGAGUUUUUUGGGUUUGGUUUGGUUUUUUCCCCCCCCAGUUGUGUGUAGAAUGUGUGUAUGUGUGCGUGCAUAUGUAUGUGCUCAGCGAUCGGGGAGUUGUAUAGGUUGGUGAACAAGAUUGUUUAGCUGAAGCUCUGUCUUUGAAAAGAAGGAAACCUCAGAGUAUAAAAAGUUAGGAUUUCAUGUGGUUGACACAGAGUAUGUUAAAAACUGGGAAAACUGGAGCUUCCACAUGUAGAGCCACAUGAAAUCUUUUGUACCUCUUGAUUUCUUAUAACCCCAGUAAGCCUAGGACAGUGCCUUUCCCCCAGAAACCUGUGCCAGCAACUGCUGACAGGAUGUUUGCUCUAUCCUUAGGGCUCUGGGACACGGUGGAUUCCCCACAGUGUGACAAAUGUUGCCCCUUUAUUCACAGUUAAGGCUAAAAAGCAUGGCAAAAUGAAGAAGUA